AGGCAUGGACAAUCAGACAGUGUUAGCAGUUCAGUCUUUACUUGAUGGUCAAGGUGGAGUAUCUGACCCCAGCGCUCAGAAUGUCAGCAGCACUGGACCAAUCCAAGGACUCGAUGAUGAAGAUGUCUUUCUGUGCGGGAAGUGUAAAAAACAGUUCAACUCCUUGCCAGCUUUUAUGAUCCACAAACGGGAGCAGUGCCAUGGCAAUGCACCAUCCCUGGCAUCUGUCUCCCUGGGCAACCACAGUGUUUAUACACCGCCUGUCAGCUCUGUGCAACAGCCGCCAGUUAACAGGCAGAUCUCCACAUACAUUGCUGUUCCCCCCUCACCGCUUAUCCAGACUCUGGUACAGGGUAAUGUUUUGGUGAAUGAUGAGGUCUUGCUGUCUGCAAUGCUGCUCUUACCUCACUUGACCAGCCGAUGCCUCCUGCCCCUGCUCCUGUACAGAGCAAUCUGAGUAUGCACUCCGGUGGCACCUACCUGCACACCCCGUCUCUGCCUCCACGGCCUCAACACCCACCACACCCGCCUGCCCCAUCUGGACAGAGCCUCAUGGGGGUUCCUGUCCAAGCAAACAGCGGCAGCUGCAGCACCGUAGUGCAGGUCUACAGCUCACCUAUUAGCAUGCCAGGGAACACAGGGAUGGAGAUCCAUGGGCUCGGCAUGGCACCCUACGCCCAGAUAGAGGUUCCGAGUCAGUGCGUUGAAAGCACAGUAUAUAACACACCUCCGGUAUACAGCCCUGGAAAGCAGGGUCUUAAAUCAAAAACCACAGUUAGCAGCUCGCCCUGUGCUGACUUGAGUGGGAGCGGUAUGGGGGGUGUGGAGGCUGCUGUCCCCAACAAGACUCGCCGCCCAAAGUCUGACAACAGCAGCCCGAACGGUUCAGGAAAAAUGAAAACCCCCAAGCUGAAGUGUACUUUCUGCGAUAAAGCUUUUGGGAAGAACUUUGACCUUCAGCAGCACAUUCGGAGUCAUACGGGAGAGAAGCCAUUUCAGUGCAUUGUAUGUGGACGAGCGUUUGCACAGAAGUCCAACGUUAAGAAACACAUGCAGACCCACAAAGUCUGGCCAAAAGUUCAAAGUACAACCGGCUCACAAGGAUCCAUGACAUUGCAGGUGGUACCGCUCAACACCUCUCAGCCGGAGGAAGAGCCUGCCGAGAAUGUAGACCAGGUCCCAACAGAAAAUGCCUCAUCGCAGGACUUGGACGCAGUCCAAAGCGGGUCAUGUGAUGGGGCAGACGCCAAGCAGGUGGUCAUUAUUGACAGCUCCUAUCACUGCCAGUUCUGUCCCAGCAAGUUUACCAACUACUUCCAGCUCAAAUCGCAUAUGACGCAACAUAAACAGGAGCAGGUAUACAAGUGUGUGGUGAAAGGCUGCACUCACACCUGCCAGAAGCUGGAACAGUUCUUGGAACACAUCAAAACCCACCAGGAAGAGAUGACCUACCGAUGUCACAUCUGCAACAAGGACUUUUCUUCCCUCUACGAGAUGGGGGUCCACCAGUAUUCUCAUAGCUUGCUCCCCCUGAUUGCCCCCAAGAAGGAGAUGGCUGUAUACAAGUGUUUGAAGUGUAUGAAUAAAUAUUCCACACAAGAGGCACUGGAGCAACACUUACAGUCAGCCACGCACAGCUACCCCUGUCCACACUGCCAGAAGGUGUUUCCUUGUGAGAGAUAUUUAAGGCGCCACCUACCCACUCAUGGCGGAGGAGGACGGUACAAGUGUCCAGUCUGUAAGAAGUUGUUCAGGAGGGAACACUAUCUGAAACUUCACAGCCACAUCCACUCAGGUGAAAAGCCAUUUAGAUGCAGUCUCUGUGAGUCUGCGUUUAAUCGCAAGGACAAGUUAAAACGACACAUGUUGAUCCACGAACCCUACAAGCAGUACAAGUGCCCUUUCGCGUCUCACACGGGCUGCAACAAAGAAUUUAAUCGUCCGGACAAGCUGAAAGCUCAUGUUUUGUCACAUUCAGGGAUGAAAACACACAAAUGUCAGUACUGCUCUAAGUCAUUCAGCCGGCGAGCACAUAUGAUAGAACAUCAAAGGAGCCAUACAGGGAAUUAUCGCUUCUGCUGCCCCAGCUGUGGUAAAGGAUUUACUCGACAGAAAUAUCUGAAAGAGCAUAAGUGCCGACUGCUGGCGGAAAAUGAAAAGGACCAGGUAAGGAGGUAG